AUGGGUGCCAUCUUUCUGCUGCUCUUGGCCUCCUCUUUGCAUGCCAGCAGCCCACCUGGUGAAAAGCCCUUCCCACGGAGAGAGGCGCGGAGGUUUCCUGGAUGUGUGCGAUGCUGCGCACCUGCCGAGCUUCCAGGCUCUAUCACCAGUUCCCGAUACGCACGAAUGACCAGCGAUUCCUUCUACUCUAUGCCCAAGGUCCAGCCCACCAUUGAUAUCACAAUCCUAAAAGGUGAGAAAGGUGAAGCAGGGGAAAGAGGAAUUCCUGGCCCUGAAGGGAAAGCCGGCGAGCCAGGCCUACGCGGCUAUCACGGCCGGAAAGGGCAGAAGGGCCAAGCUGGCCCGCCCGGCGACUCCUGCAAGCAGCACUACGUUGCCUUCUCGGUGGGCCGCAGCAAGCCCCUGCACAGCUCCGAUUACUACCAGCACGUCACUUUUGACACCGAGUUCGUCAACCUGCACAAGCACUUCAACAUGUUCACUGGGAAGUUCUUCUGCUACGUGCCGGGCAUCUACUUCUUCAACCUCAAUGUCCACACCUGGAACUACAAGGAGACCUACCUGCACAUCAUGCGGAAUGACAAGGAGGCCGCCAUCCUCUACUCGCAGCCCAGUGAGCGAAGCAUCAUGCAGAGUCAGAGCCUCAUGCUGGACCUCCAGGAAGGGGACGAGGUCUGGGUGCGGAUGUUCAAGCGGGAGAGGGAGAAUGCCAUCUACAGCGAGGAGUUCGACGUUUACAUCACCUUCAAUGGCCAUCUGAUUAAGCCGGCCGUGGAAUAA